AAUCCUCAAGCCGAAAGACUCCCCUUCUUUGCCGUUAAACCCCUCGUGAAAGAAAAAAAAAAGAACCGAAGCACCAUCAAGGUCAGACCGUCUUCUCUCGAACUCUUCUCGGAUUGACACACCCUUUUACUUGUCACCACCACCACCACCAAAAGACGAACAAUACCAUCGACCGACCCGCGCUACUUCGUCGCCUCGCCUGGACCAUAAGAGAGAGACAGAGAAAGAAAGGGAAGAAAAGAAAAGAUGUCGUCCGAAAAGCCCAAAGUGACCUCCUCCACCGACCCAGCCCUCCGGCCUCUCCAUGAAGGCCUGUUCGAAGCCGGUCUCGCCAUGCGCCGCUCCGUCGUGGGCGACACAUACGUCGACCGGGCCCUGGCGAACGGCAGCACCGAAUUCUCCCGGCCGGGCCAAGAACUCGUGACGGAAUGGUGCUGGGGAUACGCCUGGACACGGCCCGGACUCGAACGCCGCGACCGCUCGCUGCUCAACAUCGGCAUGCUGAUGGCGCUGAACCGCGCUCCGGAGUUGGCUGUGCACGUCAGAGGCGCCCGACGCAACGGGCUCUCCGAGACGGAGAUCAGAGAGGCGAUCCUGCAUGCCACGACGUACUGCGGCGUGCCGGCCGGCGUGGACGCGAUGAAGGUGGCAGAGCGCGUCAUGAAUGAGAUGGCCGAGGCUGGUGAGAUGCCGAGAGAACUGGGUGGGAAGAGCAAGGAUGCUUGAAGUCACAAGUACUAGUGCCAACCAACUGACCCUCGGAGUGGCACACUAGCAUUGUUACCAGGAAAAAAUAGGGAAAGGGGAAUUGAAACAAUAGAUGAAGAUCAUUGCCGACCUCGUGAUCUCUUUUUGAUGUGAUUGUAUGCUUCGCUAUGCUUUGGUAAUAUGUGGAGUAUAUGAUGUUUGCAUUCCCCAACCACGCUGAUAAAUGCACCAAGUAGAUCCAAAUACAAGGCUUUUUUG